GGGCGGUGUGGUGCGGAGGCGAGUUUUCGUGACGCAGUCGCGUUUUAUUGUGAGUUUUAAUGUUUUGACAUGUAGUGCAUUUAAAUUUUCGUUUCGAUUUGUGUUUUUAUUUUGAUUAUGUGUUCGUUUUUCACGUGUCCACGUUUAGUGUAGUGCGUGUAGCGUCACUGCACCGUUUUUCACGUAGUGAUCGACGCUAACUCGAAAAAGCACACACCGCCAAGUGGAAGAAACGGCGCUACGGUGACGUUAUUUUGUGUGCCUCGACAAAAGCGAUCAUCUCAGAACGAAGGCCGUGAUGGGAUGAUCGGCUUGCAAGAAUGCGGGCCCGCGCCACCUAGAGCGCCGGUUUCGGGAAGCCGGGCCCGUGACCGCGCGGCCCAAGCCGUGGACUACUACAACACCCACGUGCACCGUGCCUGGGCAAACGCCGGCCUCUCGAGAUCGUCAUUCAACGACCGCCACCAGUCGUCGACGCGCCGCCACCAUCUAGCCCCCGAGCAGCUCUACCGCAGCAACUCCAGCUUGGAGCUGCUGGACCACAACGGCCGCCCGUCGAACCCGUCGACUCCGACGCUGAAGCGCGAGUACGGCAGCCACGGCAGCAUCGACGUCAUCGACCGGCCACCGGCCGUCGGCGAGUCGUUCUUUGCCAUGCUCCAGGACUACCAGCCGGCCGUGCUGGGAGCCAUCGCCGCCGACCAGCGAUCCCCCGGCCCCGCCGAGUACCUGCGCGGGAAGGUCGAUGUCGAGAGCGUCGAAGACGUCCCCAGCAGCCCCAAGUCGCGGGUGAAGUUGUCCAGGUUCUGGAGCAACGGACAGGUUAACGUGAAAAACCAGAGACAAGCCAUGGACGAUAGCAUGGUGAACACGUCUUCCAGUAGUUGUAGUGUUAUUUGUUCGGCGGAAGCCGAGGAGAUUGCAAGGAGGAGGGCUUUCAGUCACUAUGAUUGUCAGUCGUUGACGACGAAUUUGAAUUACACGGCCAGGUUGAGGCGAAUUUUGGCCAAGAGACGGAACACGACAACGGGGGCUUCGGCCGCCUCGAUGUUAGCCAAAUCUUUUACCUCGGAUGGGGACAGUGGGGAGGAGGACAACGGUGAUGGACAAAACAACGAUCUCGUGCAGAGUUGUCCAUUUUUCCGCAACGAAAUCGGAGGGGAAGAAGAACGAAUUGUUAGUUUGACCAGAUUGCAAAGUAGUCAAGGGUUAGGCGGCAAGAAACCUUUACAUCGUCCACCACUUGCUUACGGCGUUGCCGUCCUAGAAUUCCCUCCAGGGGAAACGCACUGGAGACAUUCCACUUGUCCCUACCAGCGCUUACCCAGGCCCAUUGAAAGCGUCGAUCAGGGCGCUUUGUACUAUCGAAAGUAUUUCUACGGACAAGAGCACCAGAAUUGGUUUGGAAUGGACGAACAACUCGGUCCCGUGGCAAUUUCCAUCAGACGCGAGAAAGUCCUCCAUCCCGACAACCAGCUCUCUUCAUCUUCAAUAAUGCAAUACCAAUACCGGCUCGUAAUUCGUACUUCCGAGCUCCAAACCUUCCGUGGAGCGAUUCUUGAGGAUGCCAUUCCCAGCAUUAAGGCAUCUAGUAGUAGCAAAACUUUCAACAUAAAGGAGGUUCUCGAAUACGUCGCUCCCGAAAUCCAAUUGAGCUCGUUACGAUUAGGCGUCCAGAACCAGCAAACCGAAGAACAAUUACUGAAAUUGGACGAGCAAGGACUUAACAACCAUUACAAAGUCGGCGUAAUGUAUUGCAAAGCGGACCAAUCGUCCGAGGAGGAAAUGUACAAUAACGAGGAAGCCGGUCCAGCUUUCGUCGAGUUUCUCGAAACUAUCGGGAAAAAAGUCAGGCUUAAAGGCUUCGCGAAGUACAAAGCUGGACUUGAUAACAAAUCCGACUCCACCGGUUUAUACUCCGUCUACUCGCAAUACCAGGACUGCGAAAUCAUGUUUCACGUGUCGACCAUGCUACCCUUCACGCCAAACAACCGGCAACAGCUCCUCCGCAAGCGCCAUAUCGGCAACGACAUCGUCACGAUAGUGUUCCAAGAACCGGGUGCCUUACCCUUCACACCCAAAGGAAUCCGGUCGCAGUUCCAACACGUCUUCAUCGUAGUCCAAGCGAUUAACCCCUGCACCGAAAACACCCACUACAAAGUGGCCGUGAGCCGCUCAAAGGACGUCGAAGUGUUCGGGCCUCCGAUUAAAGACGGCGCCAUUUUUCCCAAAGGCAAAGCCUUCGCUGAAUUUCUCUUAGCCAAGGUUGUGAACGCCGAAAAUGCCGCCCACCGCUCGGAGAAAUUCGUAACAAUGGCCACACGCACCAGACAAGAGUAUUUGAAAGAGCUGGUGACCAACAGCUCAACUUCGACGCCGGUGGACACCCACCAGAAGUUUUCGAUUUUCAGCAGCAAAAAGAAGGAUAAGAUUAGGCCACGCUUUAUACCCGAUGCCUGCCAACGAGGGGCGAUUUUGUGGCAGGUUUUGCUGGAUGACAGUGGGCAAUCACAACGAAUCGAAUGCUUCCUAGGCAUUAGUACCGAUAGUUUGGUCUUGAUUGAAGAAACAUCGAAGCAAAUUGUGUUCGUUACGCCGUGUAAGUCAAUCCUGGGGUGGUCGACUCUUUCGAACGGCUUGAGAAUUUACCACCACCAGGGCGAAUGCAUGACUAUACACAUGAGGGAUGGACAAGGGGACCGUGAUGAGUUGAUGGAGGUGAUGCAGAGGUUGCAAGCAGUGACUCAAGGAGUGUUGGCUAAGGAGUUAUCCUUGAAACGCAACAUCAUGGGGCAGCUGGGUUUCCACGUCCAACCCGAUGGCAUUGUAACCCUGGUCGAGAGUUCGGGCGAAGCCUGGCAUGGAGGCCUACGCCAGAAUUCCCGCCUGGUGGAGAUUUGCAAAGUCGCAGUUUCGACUCUGACCUACGACCAGAUGGUCGAUCUUCUCAAAACCUCGAUCGUUGUAACUUUAACUGUGAUACCGCCCUUACCCGACGGCUCCCCUCGCAAGGGCUGCACUCUACAAAACUGUAAAUAUAACGAAGGUAACUACGAAGGCGAUUACGAGAAUUUGGAUGAUGGUAAGUCACGCAAAGCGCCACAGAUGCAACAAGCGGGCAACCACCGGCGGAUCUACGAGAGGAGUUUCUCGCCACCGAGAUCGAGUAAUAGUUCCGGUUACGGUACCGGAAGUAGUUCUAAAUCGUUUCAUAAUCCUGAAGGAACCCUCACGAGUUCCUCAAGCGGGCAUUCGGGGGACGACAAGUGGUACGACGUCCUGCAGGAGUUGGAGGUACCACCAGUACCGCAAAAAACACCAUCACGGACCAAUAACACGUUCCCGACGCCGAAACGCACCAACCAAAUCCAAGUCUCGCAUAAUCACUUCGGCCCACAGCAGAUACAUCACAGUAAAGUACAAAUCAGUCAUUCGCUGCCGCUGCAACACGUCAAUUAUUCGCAACCGUUGACUGCGGUCGUUCACAAUAACACCGACUACGAGAGUUACAAUAAAGAGAAAAACAACGUGAAACAACAAAGCGAUUAUGUCAUGAGACAAUUGAACGAUUUCCGGUUGAAUGAUGGACACUCAACCGAUAGUUCCAUGUAUGGGGGGUUAGGGAGCGAGGAUGAGUUGUCCAAUGGCAGCGGAAAUGUGUCUCCGAGAAGUCGCAGGGCGAAGCAGUUAACAAGUAAUAGUCGGAAUCACAGUCCGAGGUCAGUCAAUGGUGAGGCUAAGCUAAGACCUGGUGUUACCCCCAGAUCUUCGAAUAGGAACAGCGCCAAUUUAUCGUCGAGUAAUUUUCAAGAAGAGUUGCUCAGAUUGAUAAAUCCGGACAGUAUUGAGGCUUCAACCGAGCCGAAAGAAACGACCAGUCAUUCCAGUUCGAAUUUAUCGCACAAAACGCAGCCGGAGGUGAUCCUGACCAUGGCCCGCCCAGCCACCGUUAUUUCGAACGCUAGCACCACGUCCAGCCCCCUGCCCGCCGAAUUCAAAGGUUCCAAAGACGAGCUCAAUACCAAAACAAAAUCGGUCGUGUCUCUCGAAGAAUAUCCGGUUCCGGAGGACUGGCCGACUCUUGUGGACACAGCUACUCGAGUUUUGAUGCAAGUGGCUUCCGAUAGUUACAAACGUGACGAAGGGAAAUGGGACGAGGAAGCCCCAAUUGACGCGUCAAUCACCUCUUCAGUUAGUUCCAGUACGAGUGUGCCGGAGCUGCAGAACCAUGUGACGGAUUUAGAGUCAAGUUUGAAGCGAGAGACGCGGAGGAGAUUGUCGUUGGAGAACGAGGUGAGGCGGCUGAAGGAGGAGAACAAGAAAUUGAAGGAUCAAGCACAGAGUGCCGUGCAGCAGUUGCGCAAGUUUACAGAGUGGUUCUUCAAGAACGUCCAAAGGCAUUCUAGUGUUAUGAUCAUCCAUUCCUGACAAAUGAGGAGUAUUGUUGACGGUGACCUGCGAUUGCCUUAUGAAUGGAUUUUAAAUAUUUUAUUUAAGCAACUUGUUAUGUAACGUAAUUUUUCCAUUUACUAUGUCAAUGUUUAUUUAAAAAUAAAAAUUCUGAAACUGA